ACAUGAACCAAAAUAAUAAUUUUUCUUUGGCAUCUGCAUGAGUUGGCCAUGGCUGAGUUUAAUGCUUGAUGCUGAGACCCAUUCCAUUCCAUGUGGGCAUUGAAAGGCAUGGAGAGUUUCUCAUCUUUUCCAAUUUAAUGCCAGCUCUUGUUUCUAGUUUAUCAAAAUGGCCCCAGAUCCAAAGCAUACCUCCUCUUCUUCCCAUUUAUCCCUGUUACUGUGUCCUAUGAUGUCCCUGAUUCCAUUUUAUUAGUCUUCUCAUUAUUGCCCAUCAGUUUUGACAAGUAAAGGUGAGAUCUUUCUUCAAAAUUCCAUCUUUGGGAAGCUUGUUUUAAGAUAAAGGAGAGAGCUUGUGAUGUUUGUUUAGUUUUACCAAUGUCUAUGCCAAGAAGCUUAUGGCACCACACAAAUGGUUUUUGUAUCUUUUGACAGCUAAAGGAGAGAGCUUUGAACCUUUCAAUCUCUUAACCUGUUGGUGUGGUGAAAGCUUGGCUUCAUGCCAUUAGUGUUGAGUCUUUUGAAAAACUAAAGAAGAGAUCUUGUGGUUGAGUGUGGCUUUAGUCUUCUUCUUUUUGAGUGUUGCUUGGAAUGUUCAUUUACAUGUUUUUUUUUUCAGUCUGUUGCUUUGUUAAUCUCUUAAUCUUCAUUGCAAGCACUGAGUUGGCCUUGAGUCUCUGACAGCAGGGCAAGUGCUUGUGUCUGCUUUAACAGCACUCCACACACACACACACACAGACUCUCUGUCUCUCUCUCUCUGUCUGUCUCUCUCUUUUUUACUGUCCACAUUCCAUAAACUUGUCCUUGCAUUCAUUUCACUUGCCUUUACCCAGAAGAACUGUUGGGUGUAGCAUUUGGGAGGUUUGAGAUGAGAAGGAUUGAUUGUAUUUGAGUUUUGUAUGUUCUUGUGGAGAUUGAAUCAGUGAAACUUCUCUCAUUUCCUUCAAAUCUCUUGAACAAAAGAGGAAGUCACAAUGAGGGAUUUCCCUUCUUGUUUUGGUGAAAAUGGAGUUCAGGUUGCUGAUUCCUCCUCAAGCUCAAACAAGACUGCUCAGAACCUUGUAGCAUGCCUCUACCAAGCACAACUCUCUGGCCACAGUUGCAUAAUCACUGUCACUUGGAGCAAGAGCUUAAUGGGGCAAGCUCUCAGUGUUGCCAUUGAUGAUGCCACCAAUCAAUGCAUCUGCAAAGUGGAUAUCAAGCCAUGGUUGUUCUCCAAAAGGAAAGGGUCUAAGAGCUUUGGGGGAGACAAUGCCAAAGCAGACAUUUAUUGGGACCUCUCUGCUGCCAAAUUUGGUUCUGGUCCUGAACCAUUGGAAAAUUUCUAUGUUGCUGUUACCUUUGAUUUUGAGAUGGUUCUCUUGAUUGGUGAUCUUACUAAAGAGGCUUAUCGGAAAACCAAUGCUUGCCCACCGCCUUCGAAUGCUGUGUUCAUCGCUAAGCGAGAGCAUGUUUUCGGUAAGAAGUUAUACUGCACAAAGGCGCAAUUUUGCGACAAUGGCCAAGUUCAUGAUAUUAUUAUUGAUUGUGAGACUUUAGGACUCAAAGAUCCUUGUCUGGAGAUUCGAAUCGAUAAGAAGAGAGUAAUGCAGGUGAAGAGAUUAUCUUGGAAGUUCAGGGGAAAUCAGACAAUUGUUGUUGAUGGUCUUCCUGUUGAGGUGUUUUGGGAUGUGCAUAAUUGGUUAUUUGGUAUGCCUACUGGUAAUGCUGUGUUUAUGUUCCAGACUUGCUUGUCGACCAAUAAACUGUUACCGGUGUCUUGUUCGCAAGUAAUUCGGGAAUCUCAGUUGCAAGGCCUUGCUUUUUCAUUGAUUUUGCAUGCAUGGAGGAAUGAGUAGGUGUUUGCAUAACACCAGAGGAUAUCUUUUACUUCCUCUUCAUCUUCGAGUGCUAACAGAAUACCUCUAGUGAGUGAGUGAGUUUGUUUUCAAUUUUCCAGAUGAUAUAUCCAUUGUUUCUUCUUCUUUUUCUUCUUGUUUUGUUGUUCCUUGAUAAAUUUGAUUUGUUUGAAUAGAUUGAAAACUCCUGGUUUUUCUUCUGCAUUGUAUGUAGGAUUUGAUUUGUAUAAAUAUAAAAUUUCUGAGGAUGAUGAUGCAUGAA